AUGCCCGACGUCCUCGGCCCGGGCGACGGCGAUGCGUACGAACGCGUGCGAUCGUUCCACUACGACGGGUUCGUCGUGGAUGACCCGGAGAUCCUCCCCGAGGCGCUCCACGACGACGUCGCGCGCGCUUUCGAUUCGCUCUUGCGCGAGGGUGAGUUCACCCACGACGUUUUAUCGGCCGGAAACAAGGUCUCGCGCACGUUCGUCACGCGUACGCUGCUCGGAGAUAGAGGGACGACGUACCACUACCAGAAAUUGCGACUUUUCGCGCAGCCUUGGGACGGAGAGAAGCGGUGGGAGUACGCGACGGCGCGACGGCUGAACGAGGCGCUGACGCGGAGGACGCGAGAGAUUUUAAGAGGGACGCGGCACGGAGAAUCGGAGUGCGAGUACAACGUCACGCUGAUCAAUCGCAUGGACACGCGAGAGGAGAGUGAGGUCGCGCUGAAGGACGAGGCGCUGUUCGAUUUGGGGACCACGUCUGUGUCUUGGCACAGCGACUCUUCGCUCAGGGAGAAUUCCACCGUGGCGGUGUACAGCACGGUGGAUGAUCCCGAGAGGGCGGACUGGAGCGUGGCCCUUCGAGCUCUGGGGAAGCAGUGUCCCGCGCUUCGCGUGCCGCUGAAGGACAAGGCGACUUAUUACAUGUGCGGGGAUUUCAAUGCUACGCACCAUCACGCCGUUCUCACCGGUUCGAGUGCGAGAUAUAGCUCGACUCAUCGCGUGGGCGUGGUCGAAAAGGACACAUUUCAGUAUAUUAAGAGGCGGUGUCUCGAAGCGUUGGCUUUGAUUCCGGAUUUAGAGAACAAGAGCGCGAGUUUAGACGCCAAAAAGAUCCAACUAUUGGCUGAAAUUCAUCGCGAGGUUGAAUUCCAAUGGAUCAGGAUGUUCCAUCUACAGGGAGAUACGCACGCUCGUCAGCAUAAAACGUACUGGACUCAACGUAUUGCGGAGCUGACGGAGGCUUGGGAUCGCAUGGAGGCGUGCUUCCGCGCCAUAUUAUCCAAGUUGAAGCUCUCGCCCGAAUCGACUCCGCAACCGAGCAGGGCUUACUCAAUGAUGCUGUACGCGAUGAAAGAAGUCAAAGAGCUUCGCGACGAGCACGUGAAGAGAAUUAGUGCGUCCGCGUACGCAGCACUGCCGGAGUCGCAGCGACCGGUUGAUCUUCCGCAAUACGACGACACGUCGCCGCUGCCGUUUGAACUUAAACCAGUCAUCUAUUUUGUAGAAGCCGAGCAGGCAAAGCUCAAGGGCGAAUCGUGA